AUGGCCAUCGGCAUGACGCUCAACCAGCUGUACGCGCCGCCGUCCUCCUCCAGCAGCAGCAGCGCCGGCUCGAGCAGCGCGAGCGCCCCGCUCACCCCGCCACAAGGCCGCAGCCCCAAGGACGACGCCAAGACCGGGCUCCAGCUGCCGUCGCAGCCCCAACCGCAGAUAGAUCGCGUGUAUCAGAUGCCGCCAUACUCGCAGCAGCCCUUCACCCCGGCGGGGUAUCCUUCCACCUCCUCCUCCAUGCAGCAGUACCAACCUUUGGCCAAGCCCGGCCCGAGUACGUCCGAGGACUACGCGGCCGACCCCAUUCCCUUCGAGUACAGCCGCAAGUACCCGCGCGACGACGCGUCCUCGGGGCUGCAGCGGGGUGCAACGAUUGUCACAUCUACGAGCUACGCGGACUCGUACGGCUCGCACCCCGUGUACGCGCAGAGCCAGCAGCAGCAGCAACAGCAGCGACUGAGCCCCUACGCGCAGCAGCAGCCGCCCGCGCCGCAGUACCCGGAGCCGCGCAGCUUCCACCACGACCCGAUGCAGCCGCAGUUCCCCACGCGGCCGGCCACCUCGCAGAUGUACGCGCCCAUGCCCGGCAGCAUGCUGCCGCUGCCCAACCACCCGUUCCCGCCGCUGCUGGACGUGACCAAGAAGGAGAUGGACGCGUACCCGCCGGCGCAGUACGCGGACGUGCGCGCGCCCAUGACGUCCUCCUCGGGCACGAUGCAGGAGGCCAUGAUCAAGGUCAAGACCCCGCUCAAGCUCAAGUACUGGCGCAACGGCCGCCGCAACCUGCAGUGCUUCCCGAGCUGCAAGGUCUUCGGCGACUACUCGGCCAUCAAGAUCGAGGACCUCAAGCAGCACGACUUCAUGUGGGGCAAGUGCCGCGGCAGCCUCGUCACGGAGGUCACGCUCAACAGCAACGUGACGUUCGACGACCUGGUGCUGCUGGGCCGCGUGCACUCGCUCGAGAACAUCCCCGUGGCCUUCGAGGAGGCCGUGAUCCGCGAGUGCAUGCUGGGCCGCACCAUCGAGACGGACGAGAUGGACGCCAUGAAGGACCAGUGGAUCACCGGCGAGCGGCUCCCGGACUUCGUGCAGCAGGACGGCAACGUGGCCUGCUUCGAGUUCAAGCCCAAGGUCUGGAAGUACACGGAGGACAUGGCCCAGGGUAAGUGCAAGCGCCGCAACGUCAAGUACUACGUGCAGUUCGAGGCCUUCGUGCAGAUGGUUGCCGGCGACCGCCGCUACUACGCGUGCAUUGGGUCGGGUAUGUCCACGUCCUUCGAGGUGGGCUCAAGUCGCGUGCUCGCGCGGCAGAAGCGCAAGGCGGCGACCAGCGCCGCCGACGCGGCCAAGAAGAACCCGCAGGGCGACAUGGGGGUGCUGCAGCCGCAGCAGCUCAUGGCGCACAACGGGAACCCGCUGAUGCACAGCGUCAUGGCCACGCACCCCAUGUCCAACCCCAUGUACGUGCAGCCGCCGCCGAGCUACUCGCAGCACCAUGAUGGCCAAACUCGAGGCUUACCCCCGACCUUUCCGCACCCGCAGGUGAUGAUGAACCAGAUGCCUCCGCAGCAGCAAAUGCCGCCGGAGAUGCACUACCCGAUGCCGCAGCAGCAGCAGCAGUUCCAGCCUCCCCCGAUGCAGCAGCAACAACAGACCCAGCCGCAAGUUGGGGAGAAGCGCAAGAUGAGCAGCGAGCGGCCGGCCUUCCCGACGGGCCGCGCCAGCAAGAUGCUCAAGCCCAUGAGUGGCGUCCCCCAGUCCGUGCCCAUCUGAAGGACAAGUGGGUGAGGCGUGUUGUUGUGCGUGCGUCGACGUGGACGAUCUCUAUUUUUCCCAAGUUCCUUCCUAUAUGAGCGUGCCGUCCCCCUGCGCGCGCUGCCGGGUAUGAAGCCCGCGCUCUGGGAGUAAGAGCGCGCGGUUGGGCAGCGCGUCGCAGCCAACCCUUACCAGCGGCCCCAACGUCGCUGUGUAGAUAUGAUUUUUUGAGUGAUGAAAGCCAAGCACCAGGUCCGCAUG